UUAAAAUCAAAGAAUUUACCAUUUUAGUAUGUUAUCAAUGAUGAAUUUACCUUUAUAUCCGUCAACUUAUUUCAUGACUUUAUAUUAAACUAUUUUAAAGGCAAAGUGUGCAUGUAAUUCUUGCCAUGAAAAUGAAAUACAAUGCAUUUUCAAGUUGAAAGAAGCUCUACGGAUCAAAGAACACUUGUAUGAGGCCCAGAGGAACUUGGAAAAACCUGGUUGGCUGAAUGCUAAUAUGUGGGUCCAGUUCUUAGAAAAAUGGGAUACUCUUGAAUAUAGGAUGAGGAGGGAACGGGCAAAGGCAAAUAGAGCAUCUCAAAUGGGUGGCUCAUUGCACACUGAAGGUGCAAUGAGUUUUACUACCCACCGACGAAGACUGAUAAUAUUAGUUUAAAUUUUAGAUUUGUUCAGUUUAGUUCAAUGUUCCAAUCAGUACUAAUCUUUUACCAAAUAUAUAUGCUUUUGUUGCACUGUAUAUGUUUGAUUGGUGUCUAGAUUGAUCUUUCCAAAUAUAUGUCCGUGGGUACCUAGUUUAGAAUCUUUCUCUGUAGAGUUCAACUUAAUCUUCUAAAAUAGAAGAUCGCAUAAGAGUCCAUAAAGGGCCUGAUAAAGGUGAGAUCCCAAAAAGAUGUUGCAAUUUUUCUAGCUGAUAUCGGGAGAUUGAGGUGAUGAAUUUGCUUAUUGUUGUGAUGAAUUUAGAGAUCAGUGUGGUUGGUUUCUUCUUGAAGAGUGGGGUUCUAUUGUUGAUUUUGUGAAUUGUAGAAGGGGUUCUCAUAGAGUUUCCAGGUUGGACAUAUAGAAGUAGGGAUAAUGUGAUCAUCUGGAUGCCAAUAGACUUAUUGUUGGUAUUUCCUUGGCUUCUGGUCAUCAUCAUCAACCUCUUGUUCCAAUUGGGAAUGUUUUUUAAUCCCUUUAGAAGGAGGUCCCAAGAGGUUUUUGCUUUUCUAAUAACACCUUUGCUGUUGUGCAUAGCUUGCUUUUCUAAUAGUUUGGGCUAACUUUCUUGAUUUUGCUUUAUUACUAGUACUAGCUUUUAAGAAAGAAAAGAAAUAGCAGUAGGGCCAUGCUGAAAGUGCAAAAAGAGGAAAAAGAUGUUCAACCUCAUAUGUACCUCUACUAUUUAAUAGACUAGUCAUACUCUAUUUGAUUUUAGACAAACUUUAAAAGGCAUAAGUAUUACCUAUUACAAAAUAUAAUAAAUACACAGAUAAUUAGCUUCUAUUAUUCAACCUACCAAGCCUGAAAAUUGACUAUUGAAAACUUUUCAUGUUAAUCCAUAUAGCGUAGUUCCUGGCGUGUAAGGUAUUUUUCAUGUUACUUAACUAGUUGAAAGGCAUCAGUAACGGUGGUAGGGGUUUCAAUACCCAUGAUAGACUUAAUAUCCUUCUUCAAUCCCUAAUAAAGAUGGUCACAUAGAACGUCUUCUAUAAAUUUGGAUAGGCAGAAACCACAGUAGACAAGGCAUUCUUAAACUUUUCUAGGUAUUCAUGAACACUCAUAUCCUCCUUGUUAUGAAACAUAGCAGUCGUACUAGUACUCAGCUUUACCUUUAAUGUUGAGUGAAACAUACUCCAUUUAAGAUAUUUUGGGAUGUUAGAUGUGUUUACAUCAAUGUUAAAUGAGAUUGUGUGAGAUAUAUACUUCAAUUGUUUAUUGUGAAAGGAAAGACUUGAUUUUGGUUUACUUACUAUUGACACUGCUUGAUGGUUUUCGAAAUGAAAACUCAGUGUACAUGUCCAUGAAAGACCUGUCAACUAUGUUAACAUAAACUGGGCUGUUUAGCAAAGAGUAGCAUUGGAGCACUUCUUCUAUAUCUACCCCUGUAUAGAAAAUUUUCAAGUAGGGAAGGUAUAAAGAGGAGAAAAGUAAAAAGCUAACUGUUGUUUGAUUGAGGGAAUUGAUGGUUUUGUCCCUUAAUUAAGGGUCAGCAGAAACAAUAUUAGCAACAGCCAAAAUGGCUGCCAUGCCACUAAGAUAUGUGGCAAAUGAUGACCCCGGCCAGGGCCGCCAUCAAGAAGCCUCAUUGUUAGCAAGAAAAUUGCACCUCCAGCUCCUCAAAGGUGGCUAUAGAUCACUCUUUGGAAGAGUAGUUAGUCAGAAAGUAAGAAGAAGAGAAUUAGUGGUUUAGUUAGAGAGGUGAUGACUUAAUUGGAAGCGAUGAGCAAAGUAUUUAUAGUAACACUCUUAGUAUAAGGCAGUCGUUGGUGUGAAGCUGUCAAUUGCCACCAAUUCAAUUUGUCUGAUUAUGAAUAAAGACUUUUCAAACAAUGAACUCUAUACAGCUGGACUUACUUAAAAAUAUUUUUAAAAAAACAUUUCCAUUACUUAAUCAUUCUGCAUUUUCCAUUGUCUUACAAGUGGUUACCUGCUACAUUUACUAUUAGAUUUACAAAAAGAACAUAACAAUAUGUACAGAGAUGCAUACUAUAAUUGUGAAUAUGAAAAUAGGGGAAAAGAGUCCACUUUUCUUGAGGUCUACGAAGAGAUACAUAGAAAGAAAAAGAAGAACGGUACAAGGGAAGAUUGGAUCGAAAUGCGUGCUAAGAAUGCAUAUGAAGAAUUUCAAAAAAGCAUAGAAGAUUGGCGUCAAACCCAACCAACUUCAGAGGAUGGUACCAUGGUCCAACCAUCACCUGCAGAUAUGACUCAUAUAUGGAUAGUUGUGGUAAGUGGUCCAAAGAAAGGUAGAACCUACGGGGCAGGGGUUCUCCAAUCCUCAAGUAAUCCUUCGUUAUUUCCCAGUUCCUCUUCUACUUUACAAACUAUGGAAGAAAUGAAAGCGAUGAAAAAAUAAAUUGUGGAAUUGAUGCAGCAAUGUGCAGCUAACGAUGUCAGGUUUGCUAAAUUUUAGGAGUUGGUUAAGAAGCACAUGCCUCAAGUAUUUCAUGAUGAGGAAGAUAGUGAAUCUGAUGAUAAUUAGAUUGUAGUUAUUGUUCUUAUUUUUGGUUGUGAGAUUCAGAUGUUUAAACUAUUUGAUUUGAUGUUUGUUUUGGAUGUUUUAAAGUGGUUGUAUUUAUAAAUUUUUAUCGUGUUUGAUCCUAUUGUAAAAAAUACAUUAGUUAUAUUGUUUAUAAUCUGAGAGCAGUGUAAGCUAAUGCAAGAUUUAAUUAUAUAAUUAUUGGGUGAAUAUUUUUA